AUGAACGAGCCCGGAACAAGAUCACAAGCCCACGCCAACCAUGACACUUCAGUGGGCCAGCACAACCUAUGUAUCAGACCCGAGAGCCCAGCAGCUGCCGUCCUACAACAAGCCGUCAGAGGAGUACAGGACUACCAUAACAUUUUCUACCAUUCCGGACUCUCAGACGUGGACCCAAGAGAGGCAAUUCAUGUCCCCGGGGGCGUCCCUUUCGGCUACGGUAUGCUGCAUGAAGAUGCCGAUUAUAGCCGUCAACGGUACGGCGCAGGGCGUGUCAACAUUGAAAUGCAGAGCACUGCGGGUCAAUGUUUCCGCGGCUACGGCUUAUACUCAUACGAAGAAGCCGACAUUGAAGGCGAUCUGGACGAUUCCCUAGCUUCCGCACACUCUUUCUGGGACACCUAUCCCGGCGACACGACCGGCGACACUAUAGACACAAUAGACUUCGACGCUCCUGUACCAUUGCUUGAUCGAGACGGGACGUGGAGAGGUACACCGCCAUCAAAGAGGACAGAGAUCGAACACGAGACUCGAAUGCAGCAACAUGGACACAAGAGACAGGCAAGCCUGGACUGUCUCGACCAUACCGUUGCGUUUCUCGAUCAGCAGUCUUUGAAGAGCCGUCCUUCCCGAGGCACUCGACGCCAAAGAGCGACCAGCGAGGACGAUGCUGCUGUCGUACAAGGCUCAAGCUCCCUUAAGAGGAUUCGAUUAAGUCGAGAGGAGAGGGAAGAGGACGAACUACGAUGCAUCACCAAGCCUAGGAAAUCGAAGAAAGGCGGGUCAAGCGCACAACCUCGCUCGAGGCACUCUGAAUCUAGCCAAAAGGCGACAACGAGAGAGGCGAUCGGCUCAGAAGUCCGUCGGCAUAGUGCUCAUGCUAGCAGUGAUCUAGGCAGCGACUCCUCUUCGAGAGUGCUGUCAUCGCCUGCGUCCUCUCUGGGUAGAUACAGACUCAAAAAGAAGGAUAGCGUGCCUGUUCUCAGCCUUGUGGAGUUGAUGACUCCACCUCCGCCGCCCAGUCGAUCGACUCGACAGUCUGACGAGGCUGUUCACGGCUCCGCAGACUGGCAAGAUGACGAUGCUCAAGGGCAAGCCGAGCACCCUGUCAAUGAACACCGUCGCCGGUCUCGUCGCUUGAGAGCAUCCGACGUCAAGGGUCAGAACCAGAUGCAAGAGCAUGUCGAACAGCCGGACGUGAACGAGGAUGUGGAAAGUGACGCGAUCCGACCCGGCCGUGGAAGAAGUCAGAAAGGCUUGAAACAUGCACUGAAGGAAGAGCCUGAAGAUAUCCUCGGGCCAACACGCGCACAAGAUCGAGGAACGCGAACCUUUCCGCCUCAUUGGGAGGUGCAUCCGGAGUUUCCUUUGCUGUAUCAGCGAUAUUCGGUGCCGUCGUCUGUCAGCCCCGAGGUGCUCGAGAUGCUUCUUCGACAUGUCGACAGCGCAAGUGUCGACGAGAAAUUCCGCGACAUCGUCAAUCGAGCUCAUCGAUGUCUCGGCACCUUCAACAAGCCUCGCUCCAUAUUGGAUCUAUACACGCCGCGUUGGGUCAAGGGCGUCAGUGCUCAAAAAGUGGGCAUGUGUCCUGUGUGCUACGAGGACGGCAAAGUCAAAUUUCUCAAGACCAAGUUUUCAGCCUACAAUUACCACUUGCAAAACUUCCACGGCAUCUCGGCGCUUACUGGUCUCCCCUUCACCCCACCUUCGCACUUCCGUCUCAAGCCUCGACCCCACUCGAGGCCGACGGAACGCGCUGAGAUCAUCCAAGGCCACUGCCACAGCUGCCGCAAGUGGAUUGACAUGCAAGGACCCAGAGAGACCGAGGUCAAGGUUGCCGAGAUCUUCUGGUGGAAACACGCGCAGGCAUGUCAUCGGAAAUCGACGACGCCGGUGGGGGUGGAUGGAUUCUUUGUCCAGGAUGUGUGGUUCGAGAGGGUGAGGGGCGUAUUGCAGUUGAUUGAUGGGUAUGAGGGCGAAAUUGGAAAGUUGCAGGCUGGUAACAAGUAG